UUCAGAACAACAAGCUGGCAUCUUCUUAGUUUACCCAUUUAGUAUUACUCGCACUACAACUACGCCUCACAACACCUCAUUCAGCUCUCGAGGCUUUAUCUUGAACCUUCUUUUCCCUCCUCUCUACCCUCUAGAGGGAUGUCGCAAUGAUUCUAGACGUCUCUUCCCACUCUCUCCAGUCCUCACAAUGAAGCCACGGUUACCGCGCCCGCAGCUCGUGCCACUCUUCUUCGUGAUCUUAUCCUUUCUCCUCUGCCUCUCGCUGGCUGAAGUCCCCGAAAAUGAUCCUCGAUUACAUGCGCAAACGCCGUUGAAACAAGAACCCCCGCCACCGGGCAGCUGGGGAGCAAAGAUCCCCAAAGAUGGAGAAACAGGUGCAUCUUCCUUCGAGGAAGCCUCCCAACUUCUACGGAAGAUCCGCCCAGCUUCUGCGCCGUGGUACGACUUUGACAAGAAGAAUGGCAUAUUCGGUGCCACUGCCUACUAUGCCAAAGAGCUCUUUUUCCUCCUCUUCAUGAACGGUCCCCCGCAACCACAGCUUCUGACCUCCAGCAACGAACCCAAGAAGCUUAGUCCGACCCUCGAAAAAGCGGUUAAACUGUUGGAAGAAUCGGCCGCGGCGAGAAACCCGGAUGCCCUGUUUGUGCUCGCCGAGUUGAACUUCUGGGGAAAUCAUACACAUCCCAGGAAUUACCAGGCGGCGUUCAAGCGAUACCACGAGCUCGCGAUGCUGAACGGCAACGCUUCCGCCCAACACAUGGUCGGCUUCAUGUACGCGACAGGAAUUGGAGGUGCUGUGCCGCAAGAUCAGGCAAAGGCAAUGAUGUAUCACAUGCUGGCGGCCGAGGGAGGAGAUAUCCGAUCGGAAAUGACAAUGGCAUACCGAUAUUCGUCAGGAAUAGCUACACCCAGAAACUGCGAGGAAUCUGUUUAUUACUACAAGAGCGCGGCGGACAAAGCCAUGGCAUACAUGAGAUCCGGACCGCCGGGCGGACAUUCGAUGCUCAAAGAGGCGUACAGGAUCGCAGACGACGAAGGCGGGGUCUACGGCGAAGGAGCAAGUGUUGCCAGUUCGGGUCCCAACGCCAAACAGGGCGGCGUUCACUCGGAUACGUUUUCUUCCUUGGAAGAUGUAUUCGAAUACAUGGAUCUGCAGGCUAGGAAAGGCGAUCCACGGGCGAGCUUUAAUUUGGCCAAGCUGAACUACGAUGGGGCUCGGAAUUUCAAGCGUGAUCUCCAAGCUGCUAAGAAGCGGUUUCUCGAUCUCGCUCGCAUGUACUGGCCCAAGGAGGGCAAGGCGAAACAAAACGUCUCUCCCGUGACUGAGAAGCUCGCUGCGAAAGCUGCUGGCUACCUCGGUCGCAUGUUCUCCCGCGGCGAGGGAAUGCCUCAAAGCUUCAGCAUCGCCCACACAUGGUUCAAACGGGGAGUGGAACUCGGAGACGCGCUCUCGCAAUACUCGCUCGGCUUGCUAUAUCUUGAAGGACUGGGCGUAGAGCAAGAUGCGGUUAAGGCUGCAAAUUACUUUGGCGCUGCGGCAGACCAGGAUUUCCCCGCCGCCCAAGUUAGGAUGGGUGCUCUGUUCUUGGAUCAAGGAGACAUCCCGACAGCACUCGAAUAUUUCGGCUUAGCGGCACGACAUGGACACAUGGAGGCUUAUUAUUAUCUGGCAGAGAUGACACACAACGGUGUGGGCAAAGACAAGUCGUGUGCAGUGGCAUCCGCGUAUUACAAGAUCGUCGCGGAGAAUGCCGAGGUCGUGUCGACCGCAUUCCCGGAAGCCAACGACGCCUAUGCUGAAGGAGACCUCGAGACCGCACUUGUGGGCUACAUGAUGGCAGCCGAGCAAGGUUUCGAGAUCGGACAGGCGAAUGUUGCAUACCUUCUGGACCAAGCCAAGCCCCGCUUCACACUCAAUUCACUCAUUCCCUUUUUGCAAAAGAAAGCCACGUUAGCCGGCGAUGCUUUCCUGGCACUGAUAUACUGGACAAGAUCGGCGGAGCAGAAGAACAUUGACUCGAUGGUCAAGCUGGGCGACUACUACCUCAACGGCCUCGGUACUAAAGCUGAUGCCGAAAAGGCUGCAGCUUGUUAUCAGGCCGCAGCUGAUAGUUUGGUGAGCGCGCAGGCGAUGUGGAACCUAGGCUGGAUGCAUGAGAAUGGCAUCGGCAUCGAACAGGAUUUCCACCUCGCGAAGAGAAACUAUGAUCUAGCUCUGGAGACGAAUCCUCGAGAAGCGCACGUCCCCGUUCUUUUGGCGCUGUACAAGCUUCGUUUUAGGAGUUGGUGGAACACCAUUACGAAUGGAGACAUCAAAUCCAUCCAGGAGGAGCCAGUCGAAAAGAAAGAGUGGUCGCUGUCGGAGUGGCUGAAUGCCUUCCUCGAGGCCGAGAUUGCAGGCUGGGAAUAUGAACAGGACGACUACGAAGGUGGCCAUAUGCCCGGCGGUGACUACGAUGAGGCACUUGACGAGAUUGAUUCCGAGCUCAUCGAUUCUCUAGUCAUUCUUGGCCUCACUGGCGCGCUUGUGGUGUUACUCUGGUAUCGUGUAUACCGACAGAGGCGGCGAGAGCAAGAAUUGAGACAACAAGCCGAUCAACUUCGACCACAACAAGGCCAUGGUGGACAAGCAGCCGCCCAACCACAGAACCCUUUCCAGCCUCAAGAUCUCGCGAACUGGGCGGCUGGUGGCCUAGGACUGUGACGAUGAAUAGAGAAACUAAGCUGAGAUGCUGUAUACCACCACUAUUGUGUACGUUUCAGGGAGAACCUCUUUUUUCUUUUAUGUUGCAUUGAAGACGGCGUUCACGAUGGCAUGAUAAGCGUUUUCAAGCAGAUGAGUCGAGCCGAAAAAAUAUCUCAGGAAGGUGAAAGGUCUUUCGAUCCCCUCUAUAGGAUAUUUGUUGUCUAUGCCCACCACCACCACUUGAUUUGUAUGUACACGUAUGAUUUGUGUGUAAAUGAUACCUCUCUGUUUCCUUCUUCCCGAGGCUGCUGCUCCUCUCCGUAUGUACGUUCUCUAAUCUGCUAAUCUCCGAAUCCUUC